AUGCCUCCCGCACGGACGGAGCAGCAGCAGGCGGCGGAGCAGCCGCCGCGCCGCCUGCUGUCGCAAGUCCCACUCUUUGAGCUGGCACGGGCGGCUGCGGGGCCCGCGAUAGAGACCAGCCUACGCGUGGUGAAGGUGGCGGGCGACGGGCGCUGCAUGUUCCGGGCGCUGGCGCAAGGACUGGCUCGCAACCAGGGCCGCUUCCUGGGGCAGGCUGCAGAGGAGCAGGAGGCGGACCAGCUGCGGCUGGCUGUGGCGGAGGCGCUGUGCCGCACGGCGGCGCGGCGCAACGAGUUUGCUCCUGCUGUGUAUGCUGUGGAGGCCGAGGACAAGAUGCAGAACUACUGCAAGCGCAUCCUGUCGCCCGCCUUUUGGGGCGGCGAGCCGGAGCUGCUGGUGCUGUCACAGAUGCUGCGGGUGCCCAUACUGGUGUACAUCCCCUCGCGCGAGGCCGGCAGUUCUGGGCGCCCCGGCUUUGUGGCCAUCCAGCGGUACGGCGAGCAGCACAGCAAGACCAAGGCGGGGAAGCGGCGCAAGGCGGUACGCCUGCUGUACAGCGGGUCCAACCACUACGACCUGCUGCUGCGCAGGUAG